CAGGGACGGGGGAGCCUGGUGGGCUGCCGUCUAUGGGGUCGCACAGAGUUGGACAUGACUGAAGUGACUUAGCAGCAGCAGCAUACAAUGAAAAAUCUGCCCUUACACAUUUUGUUAGAGACUUGUCCAUUCAUGAUCAGGAAAGCAGUGAGCACCUGCAGUGGGAGACUGGAAGUUCAUAUUUAAAGUCUUUCAAUCCUGUUUACCUCCAUUUGGGCAGACAAGUAAAAGCCACCUUAAGAGACGUGUAUGUGUGUGUGUUUUAUAAUAUACAGACUUUAUAUUUUAGUCAACUUGAUUGCCUUCAUAAAAAAUUAAAUUGCCCCAUCUUUAAAUAGAAAUAUUCACAAAGGAAAGUAUUAAGUGAACUACUUUUUAUAGGCGAUAGACUCAGUCUACAUUUAGUUUUUUAUUUUAAAUAACUUAUUUUUACCAAAUUACCAAGUGUGAGCCUUUAUCUUAAAUAACUUAUUUUUUUCCAAAUAACCAAGCGCAAGCCUUUGAAUCCAACAUUGGCCAGAGUCAGUGGCAAAAACAGUCUAACAACUCAUUCAUAUGUUCUCUUCUCCACAGGGCUCCAGUUUAUUUCCUACUGCCUACUAAACCUCACCACCUAAAAGGUAUCUUCCAGCUGCCUCUUCCACAAGGCAGACCUCUAGGAAUGAAGGAAAAGGUGCUGAGUGCAGGAAUUUUUCAAAUAGAAACUAAUUGCAGCAUUUCCACUUGACCAGCAUUCAUAGGAAUGAAGACAAUCACAGAGAUGGUGUAUCUAAGAAAUUUCAAAAGGUGUAGGCCUCCCGAUUGAAGUACAGUCACCUUACUGGAUUCCUUUUUUUUCAUUAUAUUUCUGUCCUCCUACAAGGGAAAGCCAUGAUUACACUAACAGAGCUAAAAUGUCUAGCAGACGCCCAGUCAUGUUAUCACAUCCUGAAGCCGUGGUGGGACGUCUUUUGGUAUUACAUCACCCUGAUCAUGCUGCUGGUGGCCGUGCUGGCUGGAGCUCUCCAGCUGACACAGAGCAGGGUUCUGUGCUGUCUUCCCUGUAAGGUGGAAUUUGACAAUCACUGCGCCGUGCCUUGGGACAUCCUGAAAGCCAGCGUGAACGCAUCCUCCGAUGCCGGGAUGCCCCUUCCGCUGCCCCUCAGAAUCCAGAACGACCUCCACCGACAGCAGUACUCCUACAUUGACGCCGUCUGUUACGAGAAGCAGCUCCACUGGUUCGCCAAGUUCUUCCCCUACUUGGUGCUCUUGCAUACGCUCAUCUUUGCAGCCUGCAGCAACUUCUGGCUUCACUACCCCAGCACCAGUUCCAGGCUCGAGCAUUUUGUGGCCAUCCUGCACAAGUGCUUCGAUUCUCCAUGGACCACCCGCGCCCUGUCAGAGACGGUGGCUGAGCAGUCAGUGAGGCCCCUGACCCUCUCCAAAUCCAAGGUUCUGCUCUCGUCCUCAGGGUGCUCAGCCGGCGACGUGGAUUCCAACAAGCAGUCAUUGCCCUACCCACAGCCUGGCUUAGAGUCAGCUGGCAUAGAAAGCCCGACCUCUAGCGUCCUGGACAAAAAGGAGGGUGAACAGGCCAAAGCCAUCUUUGAAAAAGUGAAAAGGUUCCGCCUGCACGUGGAGCAGAAAGACAUCAUCUACAGAGUGUACCUGAAACAGAUCAUAGUCAAAGUCAUUUUGUUUGUCCUCAUCAUAACUUACGUUCCGUAUUUUUUAACCUACAUCACUCUGGAAAUUGACUGUUCAGUGGAUGUGCAGGCUUUUACUGGAUACAAGCGCUACCAGUGUGUGUACUCCUUGGCAGAAAUAUUCAAGGUCCUGGCUUCGUUUUACGUCAUCUUGGUUAUACUUUAUGGUCUCACCUCGUCUUACAGCUUGUGGUGGAUGCUGCGGAGCUCUCUGAAGCAAUAUUCCUUUGAGGCACUGAGAGAAAAAAGCAACUAUAGCGACAUUCCAGAUGUCAAGAACGACUUCGCCUUUAUCCUCCAUCUGGCUGAUCAAUAUGACCCGCUUUACUCCAAACGCUUCUCCAUAUUCCUGUCAGAGGUCAGUGAGAACAAACUGAAACAGAUCAACCUCAACAAUGAAUGGACGGUCGAGAAACUAAAAAGCAAGCUUGUGAAAAAUGCCCAGGACAAGGUAGAACUGCACCUUUUCAUGCUAAACGGUCUUCCCGACAAUGUCUUCGAGCUGACGGAAAUCGAAGUGCUAAGCCUGGAGCUGAUCCCUGAGGUCAAGCUCCCCUCUGCGAUCUCGCAGCUGGUCAGCCUCAAGGAGCUCCAUGUGUACCACUCGUCCCUGGUAGUCGACCACCCCGCCCUGGCCUUUCUAGAGGAGAAUUUAAAAAUCCUCCGCCUGAAAUUUACUGAAAUGGGGAAAAUCCCACGCUGGGUGUUUCACCUGAAGAAUCUCAAGGAGCUUUACCUGUCAGGCUGUGUGCUGCCUGAGCAGGUAAGCACCAUGCAGCUGGAGGGCUUUCAGGACCUGAAAAACCUGAGGACCCUUUACUUGAAGAGCAGCCUCUCCCGGAUCCCGCAAGUUAUCACGGACCUCCUGCCUUCACUGCAGAAGUUGUCCCUAGAUAACGAGGGGAGCAAGCUGGUUGUAUUGAACAACCUGAAAAAGAUGGUCAAUCUGAAAAGCCUGGAGCUGAUCAGCUGCGACCUGGAACGUAUUCCACACUCCAUUUUCAGUCUGAACAAUUUGCAUGAGUUAGACCUCAGAGAAAAUAACCUUAAAACUGUGGAAGAGAUCAUUAGCUUUCAGCACCUCCAGAAUCUUUCCUGCUUAAAGUUGUGGCACAAUAACAUUGCUUAUAUUCCAGCCCAGAUCGGGGCAUUGUCUAAUCUAGAGCAGCUCUCUUUGGACCAUAAUAACAUUGAGAACCUGCCCCUGCAGCUUUUCCUAUGCACCAAACUACAUUAUUUGGAUCUAAGCUAUAACCACCUGACCUUCAUUCCAGAAGAAAUCCAGUAUCUGAGUAAUUUGCAGUACUUUGCUGUGACCAAUAACAACAUUGAGAUGCUUCCAGAUGGGCUGUUUCAGUGCAAAAAGCUGCAGUGUUUACUCUUGGGGAAAAAUAGCCUGAUGAGCUUGUCGCCUCACGUGGGUGAGCUGUCGAACCUUACUCAUCUGGAGCUCAUCGGUAAUUACCUGGAAACACUUCCUCCUGAACUAGAAGGGUGUCAGUCCCUAAAACGGAGCUGUCUGAUUGUUGAGGAGAAUUUGCUCAAUACUCUUCCUCCCCCUGUAACAGAACGUUUGCAGACAUGCCUGGAUAAAUGUUGACCUAAAGAGAGAAUAAUUUUUAAAAGUACAUUCCAGGGCUUUAAAUGGGAACUAAAAUUUCCUAGGUUAUAAAGAUGAACAAUGGAUAAUUAUCACUAACUAUAACCAAAUGUCUUAUUAUAAUAAGGCAACUCAGUGUCUAAAUUAAACAGGUAAAAAGUAUUAACACUGAAACAAAGUUUUGUGAAUAAUUGAUCUUUAACUUAUGGAGAUAUAAGAAGUGUACACUUGGAGGGUAGAAUGGGGCCGUGAAAUUAUUGAAUCUGCAGUUUUUAUCUUUUGAAGAUGAGAUAUAACUUACUUGCAUACUUGUUUUAACUGACUUCCUGUUUUGAUAUUUAUCACCUAGGCCAUAAACUCAUCAACAUAAAUUCCCUUGAGGUACACUCAGCACUGUCUUUGAUUUAUGUUCUUAAAUACUUUUAGGCAGGAUGCAUUGCGCUUGGCAGAGUUCCUCCUUGGCUUAAUUUUUACUUCCUGCCCCAGCUUGUUUGAGUCUUCCUUCAUCUGAUUUUCUCUUAGCAACAGUGAUGAACCCUGAGAAGUGCCUGCCUGUGGCCUUUGCAUAGAACAGAAGCAGGUAUUUAGGAUAAGUCAUCCUUGGGCCAUCCUGAAAUUUUAAUGUAUCCUCUGCAAUUUCUUCUUGUAUAUCAUCAGAGCCUUUUUUAUUUGCUACUAAUUUUUAUAUCAAAUGUAAAACAUAUAAAUGUUUUCUAUUGUGUAAUCUUGGAUUCAAAAUCUGUGAGAAUAGUUUUUGUAAGGUACAGAGAACACAUCCUUUUCUUUAAGAACUUACUAUUAAUAUACUUGGUUUCGGCUGCUUACGAGUCUCACGUUUGUGCGCACUUGGCUCCAAAAUGUUUUUGUAGUCUGCAGCUAAUUAUUUCUGGAUAACAAAAGCCUUGUGUUUUCAUGCCCUAAAAUAUUUGGGGGUUUCCUUCCAAGAGGAUGGCCACAUCAUCUACCUCUCUCUUCCCUAGUUGCUGUGCUAUUGUACGGGUAACCAUUCUUAAUUACUUCAAAAACUGUGAUGGAGGGGAGAGGUACAGAUUUGGAUCUAUAAAACUGAUUUUUAAACACUCUGUAGAAAUUAAGUAAAAGUUAAACAAAAUACUUUCUUCUCCAUCUGCAUGAUCUCUAGAUAGGAUUAUAAUGUGAAACACUCUGCCUCUAUUCAUUGUUUAAUAUGGGUUCUCAAAGCUCACAAAGAAAUAGAUCUAAUUAACUGAAAUUCAUCUCAUGUCUUUGUCUAACUUUUCUGGAAUACAUUUUGCUCUUUUUUUUCAAUAAAGAGUUUUGUGUUUGGCUUUUUAUUAUCAUGCAUAUUGUAAAAUGAAUAAAGCUGACUGACUCAUUUUGGGGAAAUGUACAUUUUUGAUGUGUUUUUCUCUGUGUCUAGGCAUUGUGAUGCCAUUUCAAACUAUGAAAUAAUCUAUUAACUGCACCUCGACAAAACUGGAAAACACUAUGGGUAAAGAGUACUGUAAACAUGGAAUUGUGAUGUAUGGUAUGUUUUUCCCCUUGCUUUGUCCCUUCCAGAAGGAUGAAAAUGAGUUUUUAAAUUAUGGCCAAAUGUAGCUUCCCUCACCUGCCACACACCUUUGAUCUUACAUUCAGAGAAAAGAACUGUUCACAUCAAAUAAAAUUUGAGUAAUAGCUAUAAAAAACAUAAAACACCAAAAGCUGCCUAAAACACUGCUGUUUAUUCUAAAUGAGGAGGAACAAUGUAAAAAUGCAAUUCUUACCAAAACUUGCCUUUAGUCAGAACAUUCAAGCUCUCAGGGACCCAGGCAUAACUGAUGAAACUUUCUUCUAGACUUCAGAAAACAGAGUCUGACUCUAUCUAGGUUUUUUGUUAUUUUAAAUCUUUUUAAUGUGAGAUCAUUGUCAUUUUAAUGUUUCCCAUCUGUGUUGCACAGUAGAAUUGUCAUGUGUACCAAUUCCAGUGUUUGGAACAUGAAUAUGAUACAUGGAAAUAUGUUCAUUUUGGGUCAUAUAAUUACUCAUAAUGUGUAUGAAAAACAAAUUUCAGAUUUACUACCAUUUCCCUGGGGUUUCCCAGGUGGCACAGUGGUAAAGAAUCUCCUGUCAAUGCAGGAGCCGUGGGUUCGAUCCCUGGGUUGGGAAGAUCCCCUAGAGGAGGAGAUGGCAACCCACUCCAGUAUUCUUGCCUGGAGAAUCCCAUGGACAGAGGAGCCUAGCAGGCUACAGUCCAUAGGGUCGCAAAAAGUCGGACAUGACUGAGCGGCUGAGCACGUACACACCAUUCCCCUGACAGUCUACAGCCCCUCCUGGCUAGUCACCAGGUUCUGUUCACCUGCAAAAGGCACUAGCUAAAUCUUCCUUAUCACCUGUCUACAUUUCUGGAAGCAAAUUACUAUCAUAAUGAGUUUUGUAAGCUGCUUUCCAAACACAAGAAUUUGGUUACUAGUGCAAACUCCUUUCAAGUUAACUUUUUUUUUAAUUUUAUUUUAUUUUUUAACUUUAUUGUAUUGGUUUUGCCAUAUAUCAACAUGAAUCCGCCACAGGUAUACACGUGUUCCCCAUCCUGAACCCUCCUCCCUCCUCCCUCCCCAUACCAUCCCUCUGGGUCGUCCCAGUGCACCAGCCCCAAACAUCCAGUGUCAUGCAUCAAACCUGGACUGGCGACUUGUUUCAUAUAUAAUAUUAUACAUUUUUAUUUCAAUCCUAUUCACCAGUGUUUAGGUAGCUUUGGGAAUGAUGUAACACAGAUGCCAUGAACUCUGAGACCACCACUUAACAAACCUGUGGUGUUUGCCAACUUUAAUGCAAUAUUGGAGCAGAACUUCAUUUUGAAAGAGAGUUUUCAAAGAAGCAAAUGAAGUUUAUUCAAUUAUAAUUUUGAGACCAGUUGACACUUGCUUUCCAAGAAUGUGUACUGCACUUUCCAAAAAAUAAAUAUGGAUGUUAUUCAGAACAAAGUUGAUGGCUUAUGCUAGACUAGAUGCAUUUAUUUACAUACACACACACAGAUACACAAUGAUGAGCCUGCAUGCACAUCCCUAUGUGUACAAAAUUUAUUCGUUUUGAAUAUGUGUAAUAUUUUUCCAAAGUUGCAAGUGGUUGUAGGUUAAUGCUAAAAUAUUAAUUCUUUUUUAUUCCUUACUUGUAAUCAUGGAGUGCUCUAUUCUCUUAGCUAUAAUAUUAAAGUAAAAAGAAAUGAAAAUGAAAGUCACUCAGUCGUAUCUGACUCUUUGCAACCCCAUGGACUAUACAGUCCAUGGAAUUCUCCAGGCCAGAAAACUGAAGCAGGUAGCCAUUCCCUUCUCUAAGGGAUCUUCCCAACCCAGGGAUCAAACCCAGGUCUCCCAAUUGCAGGCAGAUUCUUUACCAGCAGAGCCACCAGGGAAGCCCAAGAAUACUUAUUAAAAGAAAACCAAAUGCUCAGACUUGGUCAGCAACCUAAGUGGUUUUGACCCUAAUGUACAUUAAGGUCCAUCUCUGUAGCACACAGAUGAGGUGUUUUCAUUCUUCAUCCUUCGUCUUCAUUUUCUCCUGAUACCACCAUGUUUCACUGUCACUUAGCAAAUGUUUGUGUUAAACAGGGUAAACAGAGAUGCCAAGAUCUCAUCGUUGUGGCAUAGCGCCAGUGUAUGUGCUGUGGGGAGCUGUUAUCUGUAUAAAAUUAUUGUUUGAUAGUGGAAAUAUUUGUUUCUGUUCUUCAGGUGUCUCAUGAUUUAAAUUUUGUAUGUUGAAUUAAAAUAUUGCAUAAUAUUGAUGGGUUCAAAACCAUUAAAAUAAUCAAACAAUUAUUCUGUGGGUUUAGUUUUAUUUCCUUGUAUUUUCAAUCAAAUACUCUUUCCAUCUUCACUUUCUUGUAACGUCCCAUCCACAUAAGCUAUUUUGUUUUCCUUCUCUGCUCACCCACCUCCUUAAAUUGAUAUAGUAAUAGAAUAUAUUUGUGCUAGAGAACUUGAAAUACUACUGGAGCAUGUAUUUAUUUGGGGGGAAGCCAAAGCCUAUAAUUAUGCCUAAUUGAAUUGUUCUACUCAACCCAUCCUUGCAGUGUUCAGAGCUGAUCCAGUGAUUCUUCAUGCAUACCAAUAUAACAGAGAGAAUGAGAAUAUAACUGUAAAUCCACUUUGUUUUCAGGAACUGUAUAUUGCAUCAGAAUCUGUGUUUAUUUCUUUCUAGAAACAAGGAAGUCUGGUCUGGGGAGGAGUUAUUUUGUACCCUGGUUUGAAUUAUGAAGACAUUAUAUACAUGAAAUGGCCUAAACUAAUAACUGUUGCAAAAUGCCCUGGAUAUGAUCAAAUAAUUUCUUCAGCUGUAUCUGAAAAGCUGAAGCAGUGCAAAGAAACCAGUUUAACUGGUUUCUUCCUGCCUCUGGUCCAUCACUUCUACAUCCACUGAGACCUAUCUACUAAGUACCUUCUGGUAAUGAACUACAUUUUCCUCACCUUUUUAAAUAUAUGAACAAUUCCAUCAAAACCUAAAGUAUUAGCAUAGAAUAUAAGAGCCAAAGUACUGAGUUGAGAUGGCUUCCGAUUGAACAGAAUUCAUAUUUAAAUUUUGCAUUUGACUUCUAUAAUACACUACGGCUGAGAAAAACAAUUAGGAAUGCCUCCUGCAUGUUACAUGUUAUCUCUUAACAGAGAUGGUGCAAUUUAAAAAAUUCAAAGGGGCAUAGAAUCAGAAUGGGUGUGUUUGUACAUAUAUGUAUUGUGUAUAAACCUAAAUAUUCAUGCUUAAAUAUUUUUCAAGCUCUUCAAAUGUUUCACUCUCAACAAAAUAAAGGGCCAAUUCUGAGAAGAAACAUUUUGUGUAGUUAGCUUCACAGGGAAUGCUCGCAUUUGUUAUUUUGUUUUUGUCAUAUAUUUUGAAGCAUGUACAUAAUUGGUUUUUGCUUCUGGUAAUGAAUUAUUAGAAAAUGUAAGAUUUUGUUGUGAGCUGAAUGCUUUUGGCCCUCAGGUUUACCAUGUAAAUCUGGAUUUUGGUGUGAAAUCCCUCUGCCUGAGAUUUAGUACUUUUGAGUGAACUUUAUUGUUUUUAAAAUAACUUUUAUGUAACAUACAGAUUCAGUUUUUAUAAUAAAUAGCAAAUAAAAACAGAUUCAGUGUUGGAA